UCUCAAGUGAAAAUCUGUUGUGCUACAUGUCCACUAUCGGGUGGAUCAACAUUGUCGCUCUUCACUCUCUGCCUUGCUUUAGGGGAAUAGCAUGCGUGCUGGGAAAUAAUACUUUAUUCGCUAUCUCUAUCCGAACAGAUCGUCACUGUAAUCUGUAAGUCAAACAUUUUAGAUUUAGUGUUGUUAUUGCGCCAUGGAUGCGUUUAGGAGAGGAUACUGCACUUUUGUUCUCACAACACUUGUUUUUCAAGAAGUUACAGGAUUGCUGAUCAGGAAUGAAGAGCUGAGAAAGUGUGUACAGGUAAAUGAAGGUCAGGUCAACAGCAGGUUAACCCUGCAAGAGUGCAGAGCAGAUUCGGCUCUGCAAGAGUGGCACUGGAAUCCUGAGACACGCUCCCUCAGCAACCCACAGACAGGAGGGUGUUUAACUGCGCCUCAGAUCCAGGAGCAUGAGAGUGUUUGGCUGCAAACUUGCAGCUCUGAGGAGGAGGAUCGUGAGGGCCAGACCUGGAGCUGCUCUAAAAAGGGUCUCCUGACGUUACACGGCAGGGGUCUGCACCUGAGUGUACGUCACGAUUCCUCCAAGGUCUUCCUUUCCAAAGAUCGUGGAAAAGCCAGCAAGUGGAGGACGCUGGCUAAUCAAACGGUAUGCGAGGAGACAGACAGCACACAUCACGGCCAGAAUGUGUUACGAGAUUCUCAGCAGACACUUUCGACUGGACCCCGAAUCCUCACACAAAUUCGAUAUUGGCAUUCUGGGAAUAAUGACCAGACCUCCAGAUUAAAGUCCACUGAUGCAUCACAGACUUCAGAUGCAUCGGCUGAACCUCAAAGUAGCGUAGAGCCGGAUGGACCUUCUGUUAAUGUGUUUACAACAGACUAUGGAACAGGCUGGAAAAUGACAAUGUUGCUUCUAAGCAGCUUGGCCCUGUUACUUGGUCUUGUGAUCCUCACUCUUAACAUCUACCAGAACAGGAGGAAGAAGACUGUGGUGGUGCUGAAAUCCUACACUCCGACAGGAGAGGCCAGUCUGCCAGGGUCCCCGGUGUCUAGUGAGAGAGCCCCUCUAACCCGACACCCUAUGAAAACUGCUCAAUCUCCCUCCAUCCAGCGAGGCGAGAUCCUUGUUGAAUGGAAAGAUGGAACAGUCACACCACUGUUUGAAACAUAUCUAACUGACUAAGUGGUGUCUUCUAGAAGAAGUGGCUUUGAGUAACUUACAUAUUGUUCCCAAGCAAACUGACAAACUGACUGAAACUGACUAAUUAAUUGGGAUUGAGCAUUAAUAAUAAUAUUUUUUUUAAAUAACGACUGUUGUCCAGGGAAUCACUGCCAAUUCCGUGAUUAUUGCCUAUUUCCAUGUGUUUAUUUAUUUGAUAUGCAGCUGUGGGAUAAGUGAGAUAAAGUUAUUGCAAGAAAAUAAAGAGACAGUCUCACAGUUUUCGUCACAACUUUAGCACCGGUAGAUUGAUCAUGACUUAUAACUCUUCUUAAAAUCAUUUAAAAUCAAUAUUUCAUGUGCGUUUAUUCAGUUAUUUUGCUAUACUGACUGUCUGACUGUACAUUAUCCCUAACAUAUCGAACAUCUUCAAAAAAUCACAGACAUCUGUUAGGUUUACAGAAUGCCAUCCCUCUGUUGAAUUUUGAAAAACUGAGGUUGGUUUCUGAUCAAAGACAAUAUUCUGUACCUUGCCAAAAAGACAUAAUAUAACUUCAGGUCAAAUACAGAUCAAACGUAACAAAAGAUAUACUCUAUAAUUGACAAUGAAUGCUUAUGUAAGCUGCAUUCUGUGUAUGUAAAAUAGAGAAAUAGGAAUGUUCUUUAAUUGAAAACAAUAAUACAUUUCGAAAUAUGUCUCAAAAACUGAUUUAGUAUUGAAGAAAGCCUGUAAGUUUUUAAAACAAGUGUUGUGUUUAACAGUCGAUUAUUCUUGAAUUGCAUAAAGCUACUCCUGCAGACAGUUGUCUUGUUAGUGUCAUUAGGAUCUAGUUUAAAAUAUAUGAAAACCAUUUCUAUAAAAAAAGAACAUUAUUAAUUAUCACAUGUGAUAUGGUAAUAUUUAAUAAUUCCAAUAAAGUACUGUUGACAUACACAC